AACCGAUUUGCUUUGCAAGGGGUCGUGGGUCAUUUUCAAUGCGUUAAUGUAAUUUCUCAAGUCAAAGCAGUUGCAUCCUGAAAGAUUUCGCGACGUGUUAUAAAAGUCAUUUUGUUCUUCUUACGUGUGUUUAAUUUUUUCUUUAAACCACCCCUUUACUUUGUUCGCGACGAUUUAAAAAAAAAAUAAACUACCUUGUACAAUAAAAAAUUAAUUGCAGGCAUGUUCGGUGUUUCUUACCUGUUCAAUAUUGCAUUGAUUGUUGUUUUUAUUUUAUUUAUACCUGCAAUUUUGCUGAGUUAUCUUUUCGUCAAUUGGUCCAGACGAUGCUGGGUUCGUUUUGUAAAAUGGAAACAUCCUCAAUAUUUAAUAGUCAGCCGGAACAGUAUUCGAAGUAUUCUCGAACAUGGAAGAAAUCAGGGAAUAUAUACUUUACUGGUCCAGGGUAGAUCCAUUACAGAUAAUGUGAGAAAUCAUUUAAUUCACUUAACAUCUUCGAAAACAUAUUUGAAGAUGACAUUAACAACAAAAUGGGGUCUUUAUGCUUGGAAAAAACUUGACAAUUUUUCUGUUGACAAUCAUUUAAUAUUUUCGCCCGGUUCUUUUAAGGGUCGACCAAUUACAGAAUCCAAUAUUCAGGAUUACGUAAGUGAUGUGGCAGCAAAAUUUUUGCCAUCAAAUCAUUCGCCAUGGCAAGUGCAUGUCAUCAAUUGUCUAAUGAGAGGUGAAACAAGUAAAUUUUGUCUUGUACGUGUACAUCAUCUUCUUUUACAACAGGAAAAUUUUACAUUGGCCGAUUUUUUACCAUUAAAAAUAUCACCAGAAAAUUGGGCAUGUCAAAAAACAAAUUCACCAUUCACUAAUCUUUAUUCAGAACCAUCGGCACUUCCACGACUUCAUGAAAAACUUAUGGAAAGUUUCAGCAAUACUUGGAAUGAAUUUUUAUGUAAUAAUGAUCCAUUGGAGAGACCGGAAAUAUUUAAAAAACCAAUUGGUCUUUUUUUGUGUGCAAAAAUUGCAAUUAUUAUCAUGGUAUCGACAAUGAAAGAACUCACCAGAAAAUAUAAAAAAGUUGAAGGUCUUCGAUUUAGGGAAAUUCUUCCAGUUCUCGAAAAAGAAGCGCAAAUACGAAAUUUCACAUCUAAAAUUAUCUUGAAAGCAUUUUCGGCAUCUUUAAAUCCUCUUGAAUUCUCUCGUUUCAUUGUUUCAUGGAUAUGGUAUAUGAUUGUGAGCUUAACGUUAAAAAUACCAAUUUUAUUUAUCCGUGAAUUAAAAGCUCUUAAAUCGUCCGAUAAACAUUACUAUCCUGAUACAUUGAUUUCGAUUUUAUUUUGCUAUUUGCCAUUAAUUUUCCAGGCUACUUUGGAAUUUUUCUCCAUAACGGCAAUAGCUUUAGGAGCGCCAAGAUCAAUUCUUGACGAGCUAUUUUUAAAACACACUCAACUAAAUCGUUUACAAACGAUUUCGCCAUGUGGAAGAAAAGUCCUUGCCUGGUCGGAUGAAGUUAAUACAGAAAUACUGCAAAAAAUUUCCAGUGUUACUGGCGCAACGGAAUCGGAAAUACUUUUAGUAGCAACUGUCGAUUCAUUAAAAGAAUAUUUUCAACAAUCAGGCCUUCAAAUACCAGAUGAAAUUUUGGCAACUGCAAAAUUUGUUAGUCAAAGGGAUCUUUUUAUAAAAAAUCACAAAACAAGGGGUCUUCUAUGCCUGGGUCUUCCUACAAAAACUCAUCUGUUUGAGGAUGAUCUCAUUGAGAUUCUUCAGAUUAUUCAAAGAAAUAUUCACGAUGCAAGAUCAAGGCAAAGUGCAAUUUACGCGAUUACAAAAGCAGAAACUUCUUCUGGAUUAAUUACAUCAUGUUUACCUUCAAUUUUAUUAAAAAUUUUACUUUAUCAUCUCACGAGAAGGUAUUCCAUUUCUUUAACACAUGUGGAUGGAGAUUUACCAAUUGAGGGUAUUCGUACAGCUGUUUAUUGGCGACCACCUCAGGGAAAUUGUAGUAUGUCAAUGACACUUCAUAGGCAUGGGAAUGGUGUACGAUUAGGAGUAAUGUGUGACGCAAUGAUUGGUCCCCAGCACACAAUAAUAACAAAAACAUUUCCAACAAGUUUAGAAAAUUUUGCCAUGAAAGUUGGCGUACCAAAAAUGCCUAGAAGAAGUCCUAGUCCAAGUCCAUCAAGUCCAACAACAUCACCAGGAUAUUAAGAAAAAAAGAAUUUUACUUCCGUCCUUCUAUAAAAAUGUGAAAAUUGAAAAAUAUACCGAAAAUUUUCGGUUAUAAAAAUUAAGACUGGACUUAUACCAAACGAGAUUAAUAUUUUUUUUUUUUUAUUUUAUUGGAACUUUUUCGAAAAAAAAAAUUAUCGUAUCGAUUUUUUAUAUUUUCACAUAUACAAUAAUUUUCAAAAUGAAAUAUUUUUUUAAAAUAAAUUUAAAAAAUUAAUUAUUAAAUUAUU